CAAGAGCCUGAGCCAUAUGGCAUUCUGCGACAUGCUGAUGUUGCUGCUGCUGCUGCUGCUGCCAGUGGGACAAGCUUUGACCAUCAAUCACAGUGACCAGCAAAUGCAGGCUUUGCUCAACUUCAAGUCCGGGAUCACUGCUGAUGCUUCAGGAGUCCUGGCGAACUGGACGCGCAAGAAGAAAGCUUCUUUGUGUUCUUCGAGCUGGAGCGGAAUAAUCUGUGACUCUGACAAUCUCAGUGUUGUGGGUAUCAAUCUCUCCAACUGCACGCUUCAAGGUACGAUCCUCCCUUCUUCUCUUGGAAGCAUUGGUAGCUUGAAAGUUCUGAAUCUGAGUCGAAACAACCUGUCGGGGAAGAUACCACUUGACUUCGGCCAGUUGAAAAAUCUGAGGACUCUGGCGCUGAACUUCAAUGAGCUCGAGGGCCAAAUUCCAGAAGAGCUUGGAACCAUCCAAGAGUUGACAUAUCUCAACCUCGGGUACAACAAACUUCGCGGUGGAAUACCUGCUAUGCUCGGACACCUCAAGAAGCUCGAAACUCUGGCACUCCACAUGAACAAUCUCACCAACAUCAUUCCCAGGGAACUCAGCAACUGUAGCAAUCUUCAGGUGCUUGUUCUCGAGGCCAACAUGCUGGAGGGUUCAAUUCCACCAGAGUUAGGAGUGUUGCCCCAGCUGGAGCUGCUUGCCUUGGAUAGCAAUCACUUGUCAGGAAGUUUACCAUCUUCUCUUGGGAAUUGUACCAACAUGCAGGAGAUCUGGCUGGGAGUCAACAGCUUGAAGGGUCCAAUUCCAGAAGAGCUUGGACGAUUGAAGAAUCUUCAGGAGCUGCAUCUGGAGCAAAACCAGCUGGACGGACAUAUUCCACUGGCCCUCGCUAAUUGCUCAAUGAUCAUCGAGCUGUUUCUGGGAGGAAAUUCCCUGAGUGGACAGAUUCCAAGUUCCUUCGGUCAGCUUCAGAACAUGCAAGCCCUCUCCCUGUAUGGAUCCCAAAGGCUCACCGGCAAGAUCCCAGAAGAGCUAGGAAAUUGCAGCCAGCUAGAAUGGUUGGAUAUCGGCUGGUCCCCCAAUCUGGAUGGUCCUAUCCCAUCAUCAUUGUUUCGGCUUCCGCUAACCACAUUGGCUUUGGCUGAACUCGGACUGACGAAGAACAACUCCGGCACUUUAUCACCAAGGAUUGGCAACGUAACAACGCUGACCAAUCUAGACCUGGGAAUUUGUACUUUCCGAGGAAGCAUUCCGAAGGAGCUGGCAAAUCUGACAGCGCUUGAGCGUUUGAAUCUAGGAUCGAAUCUGUUUGACGGAGAAAUUCCACAAGAUCUGGGACGACUCGUUAAUCUGCAGCACUUAUUCCUUGAUACGAACAACUUGCAUGGAGCCGUACCACAGUCGCUCACAAGCUUGAGCAAGCUCCAGGAUUUGUUCAUUCACAGGAACUCUCUGUCCGGAAGGAUUUCCCACCUGUCAUUCGAAAACUGGACACAGAUGACAGAUCUGAGGAUGCACGAAAACAAACUCACAGGCUCAAUACCUGAGUCACUUGGUGACCUUUCCCAGCUCCAAAUUCUCUAUAUGUUUAGUAAUAGCUUCAGCGGGACAGUCCCCUCCAUCGUCGGGAAGCUUCAGAAGUUGACUCAAAUGGAUCUAUCCAAGAAUCUGCUCAUUGGAGAAAUUCCUCGAAGCCUUGGGAACUGCAGUUCAUUGAAGCAGUUGGACCUGUCAAAGAAUGCCAUUAGUGGAAGAGUCCCGGAUGAAAUUGGUACAAUAUGUAAAAGCCUUCAAACAUUGGGAGUAGAAGGAAACAAACUGACUGGGAACCUUCCGGUUACCUUGGAGAACUGCACCUUGUUGGAGCGCCUUAAGGUUGGGAAUAACUCACUGAAGGGAGAGCUUGGUAUGAACAUUUCGAAGUUGUCCUCUUUGAAGAUCCUCUCGCUCUCACUCAACAAUUUCCAAGGCCAGUUUCCACUGUUAAACGCAACUUCCAUCGAGCUGAUUGAUCUGCGGGGGAACAGGUUUACUGGUGAGCUCCCUUCAUCUCUGGGAAAGUACCAAACGCUGAGAGUGCUAAGCUUGGGGAACAACAGCUUCCGUGGUUCCUUGACAUCCAUGGAUUGGCUGUGGAAUCUCACCCAACUUCAGGUGCUCGACUUAUCAAAUAACCAGUUUGAAGGAUCACUGCCCGCCACCCUCAACAAUCUACAGGGUUUCAAGUUAACACCGGAGGGCGAUGCUGCGGAUGCCGAUCGACUAUAUCAAGACCUGUUCCUCAGUGUGAAAGGCAAUUUAUUUGCUCCAUACCAGUACGUCUUACGCACCACGACUCUGCUGGAUUUAUCGACGAAUCAGCUGACUGGCAAGCUUCCUGUAAGCAUGGGCGACCUCGUUGGUCUUCGUUACCUUAACCUGUCCCACAACAAUUUUAGUGGUGAGAUUCCAAGUUCCUAUGGGAAAAUCACUCAACUGGAGCAGCUCGACCUGUCCUUCAACCACCUGCAAGGCUCCAUUCCAACCUUACUCGCAAAUCUCGACUCGCUUGCCUCCUUCAACGUGUCUUUCAAUCAGCUGGAGGGUGAGAUCCCGCAGACGAAGCAGUUUGACACAUUCGACAACUCAAGCUUCAUCGGAAAUCUCGGCCUCUGUGGUCGCCCACUCUCCAAACAAUGCCACGAAACAGAAUCAGGAGCAGCCGGACCUGUGGGAGCUGGAAGCAUCUCUGAGUCGGACUCCAACGAGACCUGGUGGGAAGAAAAUGUGUCACCUGUUUCUUUCGCACUGUCCUCCGCCAUUAGCUUCUGCUUGUCGUGGUUGAUGCUACGCUGGAGGCAGCUGUAAGCAGCCAGACGAGCUAUCGAACCAUCGUCCAAAUGUUCAUUGUACAUACGAGGAACAGCUGGCCAGUUGCUGGUGACCAAGGUUCCUCAGAUCACCACCUAAUAGGAAAACCAUGCGCAUUUUAAAGAGCUGCACUUUUGUUCUUAUCAUCCUAGUGAAAAAGAAAACGCAGUUUGUCACUGCGACUUGUACGAAGAUCUGCUUAUUGGAGAGGAUCAAGUAGGAUGAUCACCAUAUCACUUAUAAUAUCACAUCACGUUAUCGUCACCAAAAGAAUAAAACGUUAAAACACUUACCGAACCCCCCAGGAGUUCUUUCUAGUGGCUUAUUCAAGUCCCAUAACACAACUGCAAGGAGCUUUGAUCAUAAGGUUCCCAAGACAGGUUGUUCACGUAAAAUGAUUUCCUCUACAGAAAUCCAUCCGGAAGUUUCAUGAGGCCCUUCCUAAACUUGCUCAGCAAUCAUUGAAGCCAAGGGCAGAAGCCCCUCAAGAUCUCACCUUCAAAAAAGCCGCAAGAAAGAGAGCGCCGCUCAGCUUUACUACUGCUCCCAGCUUCUCAAAAAAUAUCGCAGUUGAUGAGAUACAUAUCUCCUUCGCUUUUUCCCUUCAAAAUGAGAAGCUAAACGAUGCCUCAAGGAUGACUGACAAGUACCCAGAGGCCAGUGCCAACAGAGUGUGUCUUCUUUGUUCCAAAGUUCCAUUAUUCGGCCACAUUGUGCAAGUCUGGGAUUGAAGGUGAAGAAUAUCAUGCCAGACUGAAGUAAGUGCCUAAAAUCAAUUUCUGUAAGUACAGAGAGUAUCACACACUAGGAGGUUUGUUCCAAGUUGAGAAUCCUACCUCAGACCCUUACCAAAACCCUGUCACAUGCCAGACUAACCAGGCGACUGGCCACAGUCUGGUGUCCACGGACAU